AGUUUCUUUUAUUUUGAAGCUCCGUUGACCGGAAAUGAGGCUCAUCACGUUCAACUUGUUCUGGAUGAUCCGACCUGGAUUCAGCCAUAUUCCCACUGAUCAGCCACACCGGCAGGCGCCUCAAACUGACCAAAAACCGCCUGUAGACCCCCGGUACACCGCGGCCCGAUUCUGACGGACGCCCCGAGUCCAGUCGGUUCAGGUUCGGAACUCCUGGCUGCAUUCCUGGACUGAUAGACCGACCGGGGGACAUGGAGCUGCGGCGGUCAGCCUGAGAGUCGACGCUCUUACCGACGUCCCGAUUUCUGAGCGGAAAGUCCAGAUUUACCGGAUUAAAGCCGAUGUGCAGGGCGGACAGCCGCGGGCCUGGUGGCUGUUCGGCUCACGACGCGACGGGCCGGCUGUAACGGAGCGCAAGGCGGCCAGAACUCUGCGACAUCCCGGCGGCUCAAAAUGUCGGGAAUGUUUUCCCGGAGCUAACGGGCUAGCUGCUGCUAGCAGCCUCGGCAGGAAGCGGAGCCUCGGCGGCGGCGCAGACUCGGUGAGCGGGGCAGGCGGCGGCGGGAGUCGGAUCGGGGGAGCGGAGCGUCCCAGCCGGGUAGGAUGUCGGCUCAGGAGCGGCUGCGGCGGCUGGAGGAGCUGCUGCUGGAGCAGAAGGAGGCGGGAUGCCUGAGCGUGGAGGCGCUGCUGGACCUGCUGCUCUGCCUCUACACCGAGUGCUCCAACUCCCCGCUGAAGAGGGAGAAGCACAUCACCGAGUUCCUGAACUGGGUGAAGCCGUUCACCAGCCGAGUGAAGGACAUGCGGCUGAAGAGAGACGACUUCGAGAUGCUGAAGGUGAUCGGAAGAGGAGCCUUUGGGGAGGUUGCCGUGGUGAAGAUGAAGAACACGGAGCGCGUGUACGCCAUGAAGAUCCUGAACAAGUGGGAGAUGCUGAAGAGAGCCGAGACGGCGUGUUUCCGGGAGGAACGGGACGUCCUGGUGAAAGGGGACAGUCAGUGGAUCACCACUCUGCACUACGCCUUCCAGGAUGACAACUUCCUGUACCUGGUGAUGGACUACUACGUGGGCGGAGACCUGCUGACGCUGCUCAGUAAGUUUGAGGACCGUCUCCCUGAAGACAUGGCCAGGUUCUACGUGGCAGAGAUGGUUCUGGCCAUCCACUCCAUCCACCAGCAGCAGUACAUCCACAGAGACAUCAAACCGGACAACGUUCUGCUGGACGUCAACGGUCACAUCCGGCUGGCCGACUUCGGCUCGUGUCUGCGGAUGAUGGAGGACGGAACGGUAAGCUGCUUCCUAUCAGAUUACUCUGGCUGGAGUCUUGCUGCCGUUUCCAGGUUACGUUUCAUCUCCAGACUCCUGUCCUACUUCCUGUCCUCUAAAUGGGAGCGUGUCCCUCAGUGGACGGACGCCUCUCACUCUCUCUCUCUUUGCUCGUCCCCCGGUCCUGACUUCCUGUCUGGUUUCCAGGAGCGUUUCCAGUUCCCCUCCCAUGUGACCGACGUCUCUGAAGACGCCAAGGAUCUGAUCCAGCGGCUGCUCUGCUCCCGGGAACGCCGCCUGGGCCUCAACGGCAUCUCGGACUUCAAGGGCCACGCCUUCUUCAGCGGCAUCGACUGGGACAACAUCCGCUCCGCCGAGGCGCCGUACAUCCCCGACGUCUCCUCGCCCACCGACACCUCCAACUUCGACGUGGACGACGACGUCCUGAAGAACCCGGACAUCGGACCGCCAGUGUCUCACACCGGCUUCACCGGCCAGCACCUCCCCUUCGUCGGCUUCACCUUCACCACCGACAGCUGCUUCUCGGACCGCAGCGCGGCCGGCCGGGCGGCGCCGGGGGUCCGAACGGAGCCGGACGGCGGCGGCGGCUCGGAGGUGGAGGCGUUUGAGAAGAGGAUCCGCCGCCUGGAGCAGGAGAAGCUGGAGCUCAACCGCAAACUGCAAGAGUCCACCCAGGCCCUCCAGGCUCCGGCGAGGGGAGGAACUCUGGCCCGGGACAAAGAGAUCAAGAAGCUGAACGAGGAAAUCGACCGGCUCAAGAAGAAGCUGGCAGACUCUGACAGGCUGGAGCACCAGCUGGAGGAGGCCGUCACGCUCAGGCAGGACUUCGAGAGCUCCGCCUCCAAGAUGAAGAACCUGGAGAAGCAGGUGAAGUCGCUGAGGCAGGAGAAGGACGACAUCCACAAGCAGCUGGCCGACUCCCUGGAGCGUCUGCGCAGCCAGACCAAGGAGCUGAAGGAGGCGCACUCCCAGAGGAAGCUGGCCCUGCAGGAGUUCUCGGAGCUGUCGGAGCGGAUGGCCGAGCUGCGCUCCUCCAAGCAGCGCCUGUCCCGCCAGCUGAGGGACAAGGAGGAGGAGAUGGACGCGCUCAUGCAGAAGAUGGACGCCCUGAGACAGGAGAUCCGCAAGACGGAGAAGAACCGCAAGGAGCUGGAGGCUCAGCUGGACGAGGCGAAGGCUGAGGCGUCGAAGGAGAGGAAGCUGAGGGAGAACAGCGAAGUUUACUCCAAACAGCUGGAGACGGAGCUGCAGAGCCUGAAGUCCCAACAGGGCCGAGGAGCCGUGGGUGGCGGCGGCGCGGAGUCCCAGCAGGAACUGUCCCGGCUGAAGGCGGAGCUGGAUAAGAAGGUUCUGUUCUACGAGGAGGAGCUGCUCCGGAAGGACUCGGCCCAUUCCGGAGAGAUCAAAACGCUCCGCAAGGGCCUGCAGGAGUCAGAGGGGGCGCUGCUCGCCGCCAACAAGGAGCUGCUGCAGCUCAGGGACAAGCUGGACAAAGCCAACAGGGACAGGCAGAACGAGAUGGACGACGUCGUCGCUGAGCUGAAGGAGAAAUAUGAGCGAGAGAAGAACAGGCUGACUGAAGAGAACCGCAAGCUAACGACCGAGACGGACAAGCUGUGUUCGUUCGUGGACAACCUGACGGCUCAGAACCGGCAGCUGGAGGACGACCUGCAGGACCUGUCCUCCAAGAAGGAGAGCGUGGCGCACUGGGAGGCUCAGAUCGCAGAGAUCAUCCAGUGGGUCAGCGAUGAGAAGGACGCGCGCGGCUACCUGCAGGCUCUGGCCACCAAGAUGACGGAGGAACUGGAGACGCUGCGCAGCUCCAGCCUGGGGACCCGACCUCUGGACCCGCUGUGGAAGGUCCGCCGCAGCCAGAAGCUGGACAUGUCGGCCCGCCUGGAGCUGCAGUCGGCUCUGGACGCCGAGCUGAAGGCCAAGCAGAUGGUCCAGGAGGAGCUGCGCAAAGUCAAGGCUGCCAACAUCAACCUGGAGAGUAAGCUGAAGGAGUCUGAGGAGAAGAGGCGGGAGGUGGUGGAGCAGGUGGAGGGUCUGAAGAAGGAGGUGGAGGAGAGCCGCUCCCGCUCCGACAAAGGCCUGAAGCUCCCAGACUUCCAGGACUCCAUGUUCGAUUACUUCAACACGUCUCCUCUGGUUCCGGACCUCACCUUCAGGGCGUCACUUUGCUCCGCCUCCUCCCUGCUCGCCCUGUGGGAAGAAACGGGAGAUUUAGACCCCACCCCCGAGAAGUCGCUCACCACGCCGCCUUCCCGAUCCUCCGCCUCUGAGACUGAGGACGGAAAAACGCCGCUGGUUCCCGACAGUCCCUCCCCCACCUUACAGAGCUCAGCGCUGGCUACGCCCAAGCCCAAAGCUCACCAGCUGAGCAUCAGGACGUUCUCCAGCCCCACCCUCUGCUCCCACUGCACCUCCCUGAUGGUGGGCCUCAGUCGCCAGGGAUACGCCUGCGAAGUCUGCUCCUUCAUCUGCCAUGUGGCCUGUAAGGACCACGCCCCCCUGCUGUGCCCCAUCCCAGCCGAUCAGGCCAAGAGGCCGCAGGGCAUCGACGUCCAGAGGGGCAUCGGCACCGCCUACAAGGGCUACGUCCGGGUCCCGAAGCCCAGCGGCGUGAAGAAGGGCUGGCAGCGAGCGUUCGCCGUGGUGUCGGACUGCAAACUGUUUCUCUACGACAUUCCAGAGGGGAAGUCCACCCAGCCGGGCGUGGUGGCCGGUCUGGUCCUGGACCUCAGAGAUGAAGAUCUGUCCGUCAGCUCUGUGUUGGCGUCGGACGUAAUCCACGCUACCAGGAAGGACGUCCCCUGCAUCUUCAGGGUGACGUCGUCGCAGCUGAGCUCGCAGUUCUCCUCGGUGUCGCUGCUGGUGCUGGCGGAGAGCGAGGAGGAGAAGAAGAAGUGGGUCCGGGUUCUGGAGAGCCUGCAGAACAUCCUGACCAAGAACCAGCUGAAGAGCCAGCAGGUCCACAUCCUGCAUGAGGCGUACGACGCCUCGCUGCCCCUCAUCAAGACGGCCCUGUGCGCCGCCGUGCUGGAUCGGGAGAGGAUCGCCCUGGGAACAGAAGACGGCUUGUUCAUCGUCGAGGUGACCAGAGACGUCAUCGUCCGGGCCGCUGACAGUAAGAAGGUUUACCAGAUCGAACUGAUUCCCAAGGAGAAGAUGGUGGCUCUGCUGUGCGGCCGGAACCGGCAGGUCCACUUGUACCCGUCGGGGGUUCUGGACGGGGCGGAGUCGACCUUCGACACCAAGCUGGCAGAGACCAAGAACUGCCAGGUUCUGACCACCGGGCUGCUGCGACCCGGAGGCCCCGCCUGCCUGCUGGCCGCCGCCAAGCGCCAGGUCCAGUGCUACGAGAUCAGCCGGGCGAAGCCGUACCACAAGAAGCUGUGGGAGGUGCAGGCGCCGGGGACGGUGCAGUGGCUGGGCAUGCUGCGGGACCGGCUGUGCGUCGGAUACUCGUCCGGCUUCGCGCUGCUGGCGCUGCAGGGCGAGUCGUCGCCCAUCAGCCUGGUGAACCCGGCCGACCCGUCCCUGGCCUUCCUGGCCCAGCAGCCCAUGGACGCGCUGCACGCCCUGGAGGUCGGCGCCGGCGAGGUUCUGCUCUGCUUCAGCCAGCUGGGCGUCUACGUGGACGGGCAGGGCCGGCGCUCCCGGACCCAGGAGCUGAUGUGGCCGGCGGCGCCGCUGGCCUGCUGUUCGAACUCGUCCCACCUGACAGUUUACAGCGAGUACGGAGUGGACGUGUUCGACAUCCACACCACCGAAUGGGUCCAGACCAUCUCCCUGCGCAAGUUCCGCCCCCUGAAUGCUGAAGGAACGCUGAACCUGCUGAGCUCAGAGCCGCCUCGCCUGGUUUACUUCAGCAACGCCUCUUCAGAGGGAGACCUCACCAUCCCGGAGACGUCGGACCACAGCAGGAAGCUGAUGGUUCGGACUCGCAGCAAGAGGAAGUUCCUGUUUAAGGUUCCAGAAGAGGAGCGGCUCCAGCAGAGGAGGGAGAUGCUGCGGGACCCAGAGCUCCGGUCCAAGAUGAUUUCCAACCCGACCAACUUCAACCACGUGGCCCACAUGGGACCAGGAGACGGCAUGCAGGUCCUGAUGGACCUCCCCCUGAGCGUGAUGCCGUCCGGCCAGGACGACCCAAUCAGAGACAAGCCCCGCCCACUGUCCAGCAUCUCCCGGCAACACAGGAGCAAGUCGCACAUCACGCGCACGGCGUCAGAUUUCAGCUCAGGAGCUUCGACACGCGGCGCCUGUGAGCCGGACCUGGACCUGGACCGAGAGCCGGACUCCGACUCCACCAAACACUCGACCCCCUCUAACAGCUCCAACCCCAGCAGCCCCCCCAGCCCCAACUCCCCCCACCGCAGCCAGCUCACCCUGGACGGCCUGGAAUUGGAGCCCUAAGCCCCGCCCCUUGCACACGUUAGGCCCCGCCCACCUCCAGGUCUGUUGGGGGUGGGGCUUGUCGAACAGACUGAAGACUGGGAGUUUAGCUUUUACUUUGAGGAUUUUAUCAUGACAGAGUGAGUCUGAGGUUACUGCUGCUUUUACCUGCUGGGAAGCCCCGCCCCUUUCCCCAGUUUUACCUGGAUGUACUUUACCUGCUGGGAAGCCCCGCCCCUUUCCCCAGUUUUACCUGGAUGGAUUUUACCUGCUGGGAUGCCCCGGCCCC